GACUACACAAAUCAAAACCUGUCAUGAACUGUAAGUACACGAGGAGGAAAAACCCAAAAGCAGAACUACUGCCUUGAGACAGGCAGUGUCUCUAACAGGUGUCCCGGCUGUAAUGGACCGUUGGAAGGGCAGAGUGGCUCUUGUGACCGGAGCCUCGGUUGGGAUCGGGGCGGCUAUAGCCAAAGAGCUGGUCCGGUACGGUAUGAAAGUGGUGGGCUGCGCCAGGGACGUGGAAAAAAUACAGAAACUGGCUGUAGAGUGUCAAAGUGCAGGCUACAGUGGUGUGUUGGUGCCUAUCAAAUGUGACUUGACCAAUGAGGAGGAGAUUCAGUCCAUGUUUUCAGCCAUCAAAGCUCAGCACAAAGGUGUGGAUGUGUGCAUCAACAACGCCGGCCUGGCUCACCCAGAGUCUCUACUGAGUGGCAAAACCCAGGGCUGGAAGAACAUGCUGGAUGUUAAUGUUCUGGCACUGAGUAUCUGCACACGUGAAGCGUACCAAUCGAUGAAAGAAAGAAAUGUUGACGAUGGGCACAUCAUCAACAUAAACAGCAUAUGUGGACAUCGUGUGAUUCCCAAUUCUAUCAUCCAUUUCUACACGGCCACCAAAUAUGCUGUGACUGCCCUGACUGAGGCCCUGAGGCAGGAGCUGCAGGAAGCCAACUCUCACAUCCGAGCUUCAUGUAUUUCUCCUGGUUUAGUGGAGACAGAGUUUGCUCUGCGGCUCUUCAGUGGUGAUGUACAGAAAGCUGCUGGUGUUUACUCUCAGUAUAAGACACUGGAAGCACUUGAUGUGGCUAAUGCUGUUACUUACAUCCUAAGUGCCCCUCCUCAUGUGCAGAUUGGAGACGUUCAGAUGCGAGCUGUGGAGCAAGCAUCAUAAUGUUGCACCAUGUGACAGCUGAUGUCGUUUCUUGAUUUAAUUCUUCAUUGAUCACUACAUUAAUAAAAAUCACAAUUAAUCACUAAUCCAAGGAAUUGCAUGUUUUAAAAGUUUUUAAAUUGUUGCCUUCUGCUUUAUUAUUGAAAAGAAGGAAUUAACACCUGUAGGUAGAGAUGACACUUUUCCUCAAUGUAAAGUGGGAAAUAAACAUUCAGUACAAAACA